AUGUCGGAGCGCACACCCCAGAGCCCCAUCGUCGUUGCACGUUCCGAUCCGCGCUUUGCAUUCUCUCAGGUAGAUACCAUGUCUGACAGACGGAUCUCGUCGCAGGUACCGGCUCCGUCCCAGACGAGAGAGAGGCCUUCUGCGCUCCCCAACCGCAAGAAGCAAAGCGAGGUCAUCGUCCGCUCGAUGCCUUCUUCUUCCCCGCCCCCGCUGCCUGGUCUCUCGAGCGGGUCGUCCUCGCCGUCGAUCUCCUCGGUGGAGACCCGAUCAGACGGGCCUGCCGGCGGCUAUGGCUUCGGCUUCGACCCCAGAGAUGACCAUCACAUCCUCGACCAUCACGGCCUCGCGCCGGUAAUCACCACCACGACAGAUCCCGGCCCCGCACACUCGCGAGCCUCGUCAUCGUCCUGGAGCACUGCCGCUCCGUCCGUCUCCUCUGCAACGCCGUCACUGCCGACCCAAAACGCCGAUGGUCUCGCCCGCAUCUACGUGUGUCUGUUCCAUAUGCUGGACUGCCACGAUGCCUUCGACGACGGUGCCGACUGGCGCACCCACGUCCUAAGUCACUUUCGCACCCACUGCACGCCGCGCACCGCGCGCUGCCCACUUUGCCCAGACACUGUCUUUGCCGAUGACACGGGCAACAGCCCCGCCCCCGCCUCGACAUCAGCCUCUCCACCAACCACCCCAACACUCGAACCUGUCCAACGCGAGCCAGCCCCAGAUUCAUCCUUCUCAGCGGACGCUGGCCCCUCCGCGUGGGACCGCAUGCUCGACCACGUCGCCAGCGCCCACUACGAGCUCGGCCAUACGCUGGCUGGCAGUCGGCCCGACUUCGAGCUGAUGCGCUAUCUGUACGCGCUGCGGCUGAUCACGGACGCUCAGUUCAAGGCAAUGCAGUUGGCCCCGGCGCCGUCCAGCCCUGCGUACCAUCGCUCGCAGGACGGCGUCCGUGCCAGCAUCGGCUCCUCGGAUGAGCCGUACUGCGCACCAUACAGUCGGCGGCGGGAGGAACGCAUGCGCGGGCAGCACCGCGGCGUGAGCGUUGUUUGA